UGGCGAGGCGGCGGGGGCGGUGGCGGGAGGCGGAGCAGAGUCGGUGGGGGCGCGGCGCAGUGGGGCCGGAGCGCGGCCGGGGCCGGGGCCGUGUCGGCGGGAUGGUGGACAGCGUGUACCGGACGCGGUCGCUGGGGGUGGCGGCGGAGGGGCUGCCGGACCAGUACGCGGACGGGCGAGCGGCCCGCGUGUGGCAGCUGUACAUCGGGGACACGCGGGGCCGCACGGCCGAGUACCGCAGCUGGCUCCUGGCGCUGCUCCGCCAGCACCGCUGCCGCUCCGUCCUCGACGUGGCCUGCGGCACCGGGGUGGACUCCAUCAUGCUGCUCGAGGAGGGCUUCCAGGUGACCAGCGUCGACGCCAGCGACAAGAUGCUCAAGUACGCGCUGAAGGAGCGCUGGGAGCGGCGCAAGGAGGAGCCCUUCGACCGAUGGGUCAUCGAGGAGGCCAACUGGCUCACGCUGGAGAAGGACCUAGAGAAGCCAGGGGAUGGGUUUGAUGCAGUCAUCUGCCUGGGCAACUCCUUUGCACACCUGCCUGACUUCAAAGGGGACCAGAGUGACCACAAGCUGGCCCUGAGGAACAUCGCCAGCAUGGUGCGGCCUGGGGGCGUCUUGGUCAUCGACCACCGCAACUAUGAUCACAUCCUGGCCACAGGCUGCGCCCCACCUGGCAAGAACAUCUACUACAAGAGUGACUUGACCAAGGACAUCACCACCUCAGUGCUGCUGGUAAACAACAAGGCACACAUGGUGACCCUGGACUACACGGUGCAGGUCCCCCCCACUGAGGCGGGGGCAGCCCCAGAGCUGAGCAAGUUUCGGCUUUCAUACUACCCGCACCGGCUGGAGGCCUUCACAGCCCUGCUGAAAGGUGCCUUCCAGGGGAAGUGCCAGCACAGCGUCCUGGGCGACUUCCAGCCUUACACGCCAGGGCAGGCCCACGUCCCCUGCUACUUCAUCCAUGUCGUGAAGAAGACUGCCUGAGGGAACCAUGAAGACAGGACUGUGAUGGCUGAGAGCUAUGAGUGGCUCUGGGGACAAGCAAGGGACAUAGCUGAGAGCUGCCUGGGAGCCCCCUUCCCUUAAUUAAGAGCACUUGUGAGAGCUACCAGA